AUGCCACACCUCGAGGCCUUCUUCACGCACGGCGACACCGGUACAAACGCGUGUUUCGGACCGAGGGCGUCGAUAAACGAUACUGUUCCACUGAGUGCUCGAGAUGCAGACGAUGUGCCCGACCGUAGUGUGUUGUACGUGCACGGACCGGAGCUCGCGGGUCAGACGUCGCUGUUGCUGCAAUUUGGCUUCACGCAGGUCAAAGCUGGCAAGAACGUGGUGCUUGUCAUGCGCGGCACUGCUGCUGGAAUGUCGCAGCAGGCAGCCGCGUCGGCGAUUGUCCCACUAAGUGCGUGUGCUCGGUGUCAGCUACCGGUACAGACUGGAAACGACAACAGCCUGUGGCGUCGGAUCCACAUUAAAUACUUGCAGAACUGUGCCGAGCUCCAGCGCUUUCUGUGCUCGUUACACGUCGUAGCUCCUGAAGUGUCUGUCCUGUUGGUUGACGGCUUCGAGACACUUUUUGCAGAUGAAAGCAACAUGAGCAAUGUGUACCAGACGCUGGCCUUUUUGCUGGAUGCUAGAGAGUACAUGCUUGCAACGACGGGUGGUGGAGUUGCUGUGGUGGCGGGACACUCAGACGCGUUUUUGCUUCAGCAGCAAAGCCGGUCUUUACUUCGCCGCUGGUGUCGAUUCCUGGAGCUUGUACCGGCUGCAGAAGAGCCGGAUGUAUACACUAUCCGUGAAGACAUCGAGGAUGUUGCGAAUGCGUCUGAAGACACGGCGAGGACGCAAGUGACGUAUGCCUUUGCACAGCCAGUGGACGAGAGGAACGGGACCUUUCAACUUUUGCACGUACAACGACGAGUGCUGUAG